AUGCAACAAUCACUGACACCUUCUUAUAAUAAAAAGUCAGUUUCAUCAACUUUGAAUUCCUCAUCUACAUCAUAUAACUCAUCAUCAACUACAAUGACUUCAACGGUUCCAUCUAAACCGAAAGUUCAACCACAUCAACAACAACAACCAACUUCAUAUCAUCAUCAUUAUCAUUUAAAUGGAAAAAAUGUUAAUGGACAACCUUCACAACCAUCAACAGCUCAAAAUGAGAAUGAUGAAAAACUAAGUAGUGGCGCUGUUGAACAUCAUCAUCAUUAUCAUCACCAUCAUCAUCAUCAUUCUUCGCCAUCAUCAAUUUUUCCAACUUCAUCAAGUUUGAGAGACAUUUUAUCUUUAGUUUUUAUUACAUUAUCAUUACCACAAUCAUUAUCAUUAGUGAUAUGUGUACUUUAUUUAAUCUUGGGAUCAAAUUUUAUGGGUGGGAAAUUUUUAAUUAAUUUUUUACUUCCAAAUGAACAUAAAUCUGUUUAUAAAGGGUUUCGAAAUUUAUCAUUUUCAGCGAUUAAAAUUACAAUUCUUGAUUCAAUAAUUUACUUAAGUUUGAUUAAAUUAAUAAACAAGAAAAGUUAUUUCAAUUAUUUUAUAAUAUUAUCAAAGUCUAUAGUAUCGAGUGAAUUAAUUGGAUCAUCAUCAAUAAACUAUAUAAAUUCAAUAUCAACUAAAAAAAUUACCACCAAAAUACAAUAUGAUGAUAAAAAUAAAAUAUUUUUCAACAACAAUUUAAUUAAUGCCAUUUUUUGUUUUAUCAUAAUAAAUUAUAUAAAUUAUUUAUUAAAUUGGUUUCAUUUUACAAACACAACAUCAUCAUUUAUAAAUUUAAUACCUGUAAAUAACUUAUCAUAUAUUAAUAAUUAUAAUUUUAAGGACUAUAAAAUACAAAUUUAUUUAUUUUUAUCAAUACAUAUUAUAAAUCAAGCAUUUUUUUUAAAAAAAUCAACAAUUAUAUCAAAUUCAAUACCAAAUAUAAGUGAUGAAAUAUCAGUAAAUGUUGAUGAAAAUAAAUUAUUAGAUAUUGAAAUAAAUUUAAAGAAUAAAAGCCAUUCAAAGAAUUCUUCAAUUGCAUUUAAAAAUUUUGAAAAUUUUAUUGUAUCACCAUUUAAUAGUAAAUUAACAAAUUUAAAAAAUAGAAUGAGAGCAAGUUCAAUAACCGCAAAACCUAUUGUAUUACCUAAAACUGCAUCAAGUACAUCAACAACUUCAUCAACUUCUUCAGCAACUUCAAAGUCAUUAACUACUACAACAAUUUCACCAAAUGUUACAAUUAUUGAAAAUACUAUAAUUAUUCAACCAUUUUGGUCAAUUAUUGCUGCUUGUAGAGCCAUUUUAAAAAACCCAAAUUUGUUUAAUGGAGAAUCGUCCAGGAAAAUCAACGUGGAGGAAACUCCAAUGGCCGUGUUGGUUAUUGAUUCAAGUAAAGUUAUUUUGAAGUUUUUAUCAGCAACCACUGGGAAAAUUAAUGUUAUUUUAAAUAAUAUCGAAUGGUCAUAUUUCAAGUUGGUGAAGGAAAACAAUGAACAAUAUUUGAUUAUAUAUGGAUUAACUCCCUUGUUUCAAUACGACGUUGAGAUCUUUGGUGGUGGUAAAUUAAUCAAUCAGUUGUUAAUAAACACUACGGGAGAUAAUGAAAUUAUUAACAAGUCAUUACCAGAAACAUCAUCAUUAGUUACAUUACAAACUUCAUUAAAUUCCACAAUGACAAAAUUAAACAAUGUUAAAUUAAAAUUGAAAAAAUUUAAAAAGGACGAGAACAAAAAGAUUCAAGACAUUAAAAAUUCAAUUGACUUGUUGAAAAAUAAGAUUUCAAAAUAUAAUUCAAAUAAACCGGUUAAUGAAAAUAGAGUAUUUGGUAAAAUCAAAGGUUUAAAACAUUCAGUAAUUCAAUUAGAGAAUGAAAUAUCUUCAAUACAAGAAGAAAUUGAAGCAUCACAAAAGGAAGAAUCUAAAUUGGAAUCAAAUUUUAAAUUAAAAGAGCAAAAUAAUCAAAAUGAUAUUAAAGAAUUGGAAAAAACUUACAAUGAUUAUGAAAACAGAAUUAAAGAAGAUAAAUCAAACCUCACCAAAUUAAAACAAGAGCAAUCACAAUUUGAUUUAAAAUUAUCAAAAUUAAUUUCAAAACAAUCAACAAAACAAGAAGAAAUUAAAACAUUAAAUUUAGAAUUGAAAAAUUUAAAAAAAACUGAAAUAUUAAAUAAAUUUUCCAAAAGAAUUAAAAAAAUAAAUGAAAAAUUUGAUACCAUAAUACCUAAAAUUAUUCAUGAGACUGAAAUUUUAACUCGUGAAUGUUCUGAAUUAUUAGAUGAUGAUGAUUAUGUACAUGUAUAG